UGAAGUGUGCGGUCGCUAGCGCGCCGCUCGAGCCACCCGAGCUUCGCUGUCACUGCUGCCAUGGCUUCGCGACCCGUCACCCUGGGCAUCGACUUGGGCACCACGUCCGUGAAGGUCGCCCUUUUGGAGGCUGCACCCGGCCACCCAUCCGGGUUCGUGGUGCUGGCGAGCUGCGUCCGCGCAGCGGGGGCAGAGACACAGAGCACGGCAGCCGGGUCCCAGGGGCGGGAGCAGGAUGUGACUACAAUCAUACAAGCCCUAAAUGAGUGCCUGGAUGCCCUUCCCCGGCAGCAGCUGCAGAGAGUUGGGGCCAUCGGAGUGUCAGGACAAAUGCAUGGCAUCCUAUUUUGGAAAACAAGUCAAGGCUGUGAAUGGAUGCAGGGAGGGCCUGCCCUUGUAUUUGAGCCCAGAGCUGUGAGCCACUUGGUCACAUGGCAGGAUGGCCGUUGUAACAGUGGUUUCCUGGCUUCUCUGCCCAAGCCAGCAUCCCAUCUCAGUGUGGCCACUGGAUUUGGCUGUGCAACCAUCUUCUGGCUUUUGAAAAACAGCCCAGAGUUCCUGACGUCCUAUGAUGCAGCUGGCACCAUCCAAGACUACGUGGUUGCCAUGCUGUGUGGCCUGCCAAGACCCCUGAUGUCUGACCAGAAUGCUGCUAGCUGGGGCUAUUUUAACACCCAGAGCCAAAGCUGGAACUUGGAGAUAUUGGAAGCAGCAGGCUUUCCUGUCCACCUGCUCCCUGACAUCGCAGAGCCAGGCAGCAUGGCAGGCAGAACCUCUCACACAUGGUUUGAAAUCCCAAAGGGCACACAGGUGGGCGUGGCCCUGGGUGAUUUACAAGCCUCUGUCUAUUCCUGCAUGGACCAAAGGACUGAUGCAGUUCUCAACGUCAGCACCUCCGUCCAGCUGGCGGCCUCAAUGCCUGUGGGAUUCCAGCCACUGCAGACUCCCGACCCUGCAGCCCCAGUCGCCUUCUUCCCUUACUUCAACAGGACCUACCUAGGGGUGGCAGCAUCACUCAAUGGGGGCAAUGUGCUGGCCACGUUUGUCCACAUGCUUGUUCAGUGGAUGGCGGAUCUAGGCCUGGAGGUUGAAGAAUCCACCGUGUAUUCACGAAUGAUCCAGGCGGCUGCAGAGCAGAAAGACACACACCUCACCAUCACACCAACAGUGCUGGGGGAGAGGCACCUGCCAGACCAGCUGGCCUCUGUGACAAGAAUCUCCUCCUCUGACCUUUCCCUGGGUCAUGUGACCCGGGCCCUGUGCAGAGGCAUUGUUCAGAACCUGCACUCGAUGCUUCCUUUUCAGCAGCUCAAAGAGUGGGGUGUGGAACGGGUGAUGGGGAGUGGGAAUGCGCUGUCCAGGAAUGAGGUGCUGAAGCAGGAGGUUCAGAGGGCCUUUCCUUUGCCUGUGUGCUUUGGGCAGGAUGCGGAUGCAGCCUUUGGAGCAGCUCUGGUCAUGCUCCGGAGAGACCUCAGUCAGAAGGAGCCUUAGUUCAGCGGGCUUGGUGGUUAAAGGAAUUCUGUCUAAUUGACAUUGCCAACAUGAUCAGUGGAUUGUCCUUUUUCUGGACAGUUCUGUGGGCAGACUGUAAAUUAUACUUGAUCUUCAGGUACUAUUUAAAUUGACCAAGACCUUACCUUCAGGGCACAUGGGAAUCAUGCAGCUAGGAGUCACUAAUCAGAUCCCAAACUAGUGCCUUCCAAGAACUGGAUCUUCUGAGACCUGAUUGCGAAUGCAAAUAUGAGAUGUGGACAGAAUGGGAGGGAGAAGGAGAGGGAGCCGAAGAAAGAAAAACACAAACAGCUUCCUGAUCACUAGGCUCAUCUGUGAUUCAUUUGUGGACAGAAAUAAAACUUCAGAGUGGACAGUCUGGUAGCCAUGGCUCCAACUAAGCAAGGAAGACCUGCUUUGGGUUUGGACUGGACUCUAUAAGAGGUCCAGCUUUGAGUCAAAUAUGUUAUUGGAAAAAUCCCUCCUGCAGGGUUGUAAGGUGGAGGGAGGCCCCCUUUCCAGUCCUGUGGUCCCUUAGCUAUAGCGUGAUUUCUGGGUGGAGAGAAACCUAAGGACACUGAAGCAGGAUGACUUAGAGAGAGCUGGGGUCUGUGUACUCUCCUUGCCAUGCACAUUUGCUCCUGGCAAAGUGCUACCCUGAGUCCUCUCAACACAGCUGGCUGGAAGGCACAUUCCAGAGAAGGAAAGGCAGGUGGCAUGAGCAGCAAAAGGGACCAGAGCAUUUUGGCAAACACGGUUCUGACAGACUGUUUUAGAGAUGGUGGCAAGGCACGAGGCCUUUUCCACGACCGAGUACAGCCUUACGUCCCCAGGCCCCUGACACAGGGGGCAGUAAGUUUCAUGAGAGAGUGCCUUGUCCCACCGGUCCCACCCUUUCCUCUGUGGUGAGGCCUUUGCUGGCCUUUGAUGGCUCUGGCUCAGUAGAAAUGCCCUGUCUAAGUGGGCAUGCAUGAAGGGCCAGAGCACCACUAGUCUUGCCAUGCUACAGUGCCUUCCAGGAGAGGGUCAUCAUCACUGUGUCUACUCCUAGACUCCUAAAGGACCCAAGGCUGAGGAUACCUGGAACUUUGGGGAGCAGUCAUGUUGUCUGUUUGUAUGAUUUGUUUUGUGAGCUCUUAGAUUGUGGGAAACCAUUUGAUGAACUUGGCUCCCACUGCUGGCUGCAGUUCAGGUAACUGAAUAAAUUUCAUUUUUCCAGA